AUGACUGAAGCCCAGCGCCACUGCAGAGAGAACUACAUGGACCUGGCCACGAUACGAGACCUGGAGGACCUGGAGACCCUGAAGACCCUGAAGACCCCCAUCCAAUCACGAGCCUGGGCAGGACUGUAUGAUGACGUGGACAGCUGGAGGUGGUCACUGUCCAACGCAAGCUUCUACAAACCCGGGGAGACGGAGUUCAGACGAUGGCAGCUUGGAGAACCGCACAACCGCUUAAAAGAAUACUGCACAUUAUUGACUCCAGAUGGGGAAUGGCGCGACAUCAUGUGUGACGAAAUUCUACCUCCAAUCUGCUACGAUGUCACAGGGCCAGACACAUACGUCUUCAUUAACACCCUCAUGACGUGGCCUGAGGCCCAGAGCUACUGCAGAGAACACCACACAGACCUGGCCAGCGUGAGGAACAUGGAGGACAACGCGAGGCUGUCUACUGUGAUCAAUGGAGAGUUCGUCUGGAUCGGCCUUUCCAGAGAUGGAUGGAAGUGGUCUGAUGGAAGUGACUCCUCAUUUAGGAACUGGAACCCGAAUGAGCUGGUUGGGCUUUACACCAAGAGUUGUUUGUCAGUAGACUUCAGUGCCGAUGGACAAUGGGAGAGCCUGGACUGUAACGUCAAGUCAGCGUUCAUCUGCUACAGUGACAUUGUUGUUUCAAAGCGAGUGGUGAAGGUGAGGCUGGAGAAGAGCAGCUCCUCUCUGGACCUGAAGGACCCGGUGGUGAUGGAGGACCUCUUGAAGAAGCUCAAACAGAGGCUGGAGGACCAGGGGCUGAACGGCGACAUCAAGCUGAGCUGGAGGAAGCAGUCGGAUGGAGAAGUCUUCCACAAGGAAGAGAAGACCCAGAAGAGAAGAGAUGAGCUGUAAUGUUCUUUCACUCCACUCUGGUUCUCCUCCUCUUCCUCCCUUUCUUCUUCCUCUCCAUCAAUGGACAGAGCCCUUGCUGUGAAGGACCCGUCUCCCUCUCCUCGUCCUUUAGA